CUCUUGCUAGCAGGCACUUUUAUUCGGAGACUCGAGCAAACUUUCUGGAGUCCGAGUGAAAACUUGCUUGCGUUGGUUUUGUCUGACAGCGGGACGUUUUGGCAGGAUCUAGAAACAGUCGUGUCGUGGCAAUCGCACACCCAUUGAAACUAUGUAGAGAUGGAGUUCAUGAAACUGAUCGGAACUGUUUUGGCAGUUUGUUUCCAUCCCUGCUGCGCAUCAAGCGCGUUCGGUGAUCACAGGAUAUGCCGGAGAGGGACAGAGAAGCCCUGCUAUAAGAUCACAAGCUUCCAGGACAGCAGGCUCAGAGCAAGCUUUGAGGCAGCCAGACAGAAAUGCAGGGAGGAUGAUGGAGAGCUGCUCAGUAUUGAGACCGAGAAUGAGCAGCGUCUGGUGGAGAGAUUUGUGCAGGAGCUCAGGGCCUCUGAUGGAGACUUUUGGAUUGGGCUAGGAAGGAGCUCACAAUAUAAUGCUGAUUGUUCAUCACAGUAUUACUGGUUGGAUUACAGUCAGGGCACAUUCAGGAACUGGCUGGUGACAGAGCCCUCGUGUGGCCUUGAUCAGUGUGUGGCGUUAUUCUACAGGCCCUCAUCUUCUUCUGGCCAGAAGGAGAGAAAAGAACAGAAUGAAAUCUAUGCCGUGCCAGGACAGUGGGUGCGUCCCAUAGCUCCAAAAAGUCAGAAGGAUUAUGAACGCACCGACAAAUUCAACCAGUCUGGAGCUCAUCUGGAGUACAUGAGCUCUGAAAUUAACAGAACAUUUAGCAUGCCGUCUGCAAACAGUCAGUUUGAGGACUACAAGAACGUCCUGAGCCGGCCCACGCAGUGCGGUUUUGUCACUAAUGACAUCUACGAGACCUGCCGGGGGUCCUCGGCAGUAGAGGCUGGAUGGGUGGACAAUGACAUCUAUGGAUACUAAAACACUAUACAGUGUAUACUGACUGGUAAAGUCUCUCCCACUAGUGUGUCUGGCUCUCCCACCAUGUUUGAUCUCAUCUCUAGUCUGUAUGUCUGCUCUUUGAUGUGCACUAUGUGACCUGGUGGGGAAGUCAUUGGGGGUCUAAUGCAAGGGUGUAUAGAUUCCCAUAACUGACUAUCCAAAGAAGCAUAAAGGUGUCAUCGGCUUGUGAGAGCUUCCUCUGUGGAAGCUGGCAUCCUGGAACAGGACCUUCCAUUUGGAAAUUCACAAAACUGUUGUUGAUCUCUCAGCCCAUGUUGUUGUCGCUGAUCUCUCAGCCCAUCUCAACAACAUCCUUCUGUGUCUCUGAGAAUGGCCUCUCUAAAGGAUACCUACUGCUGUUCCCUUGUUUUUGAAGACCGUGUAGUUGCUUUGUAAGCUCUUUUGUGUAAAAACUGAAUUAAAGGAUUUGUAUAUAUAAAACAUUAUUGUAACAUAUUGAAUAUGUAUUUUGCUUUUAGGUAUCAAAUGAUGAGCAAAAAGAUAAAUAAUGAGGUUUUUUUUGCUGUAUUUGGAUUGUAAAAUAUAUGUUGUUUGUCCUAAUAAUAAUAAUAUCUUUGUCAAAUUAUUUGGACUUAUUCUUGAGCACAGAAUAGCUUUUAAUGGAUGUGUUUGUGUUUAAUCAACAUUGUUCUCACACUCCUGGAAAACCUGGAAAUGUUAGGGAAUUUUAAAAACAGGCCUGGAAAGGAAGAAUGUAUAUUUUUAUAGUGAAUAUACAUUUUUCUUGUUCGUUAUAAUUGGUAAGAAGUUGAGUGCAGUCUCUGUAAAAUGUUUUUGACUGCAAAAGUCAUGGGAAUGGUCUGUCCUUGAAGCAAUGUAACUCUAACAAAUUAUUUUAUUUAAUUGUAUUUGAUAAAAAAAAAUUUAUUUGGGAAAUCUUAUUCAGUGGCUUUUGUUAUGAAUGCUAAGAAUUGAUCUCUACCUUUUCCAUAUCGUCAAAUGUCACUGCUGCUGCUGCAUGCUUAGCUAUAACUUCACAUGGGGUUCAGAGAUGACUAAUUUUCCAAACCACUCUGUUAUUUCAACAUUUUGUACCCUUUUUAUUGACUGCGUCACUCUCAAUUUAUUGCAAAUAUUUUGAGCUAAACGUUAUUCUUUGGAAAUGCAUUAUUAUUAUUCAGCUGAAUUCCCCUGACGUCAUCAGAGCUGUAGGAGCAGUGAAGUAUUUUAUUAGACCUGAGUGACUGCAGUACAACAUGUGACCGUGAGAUGUCGCCAUAUGAUAGGCCACCUAAACCUGAAUUACGUGCAGUUUUUGAGGACAUAUUUGUUGCACUUAUGUCAUGGAGGUGUUUAA